AUGGAGAGUUUCUGCAACUCGACUUUUUGGAAUUCCUCAUUCUUCGAUACUCCGGAGAUAGACCUGCCACUUUGUUUUGAACAAACAGUUCUGGUGUGGAUUCCCUUGGGUUUUCUUUGGCUCCUGGCCCCUUGGCAGCUUCUUCAUGUAUAUAGAUCCAAGAAAAAACGAUCUCCUAUAACUAAAUUCUACCUCGCCAAGCAGGUACUUGUUGGGUUUCUUCUGAUUCUAGCUGCCAUUGAGCUGGCCCUGGUGCUCACAGAAGACACAGGACAAGCUACAAUCCCUCCUGUUAAAUAUACCAAUCCGAUUCUCUACCUGGGCACAUGGAUCCUGGUUUUGCUAAUCCAACACAGCAGGCAGUGGUGUAUACAGAAGAAUUCUUGGUUCCUAUCCCUCUUCUGGAUUCUCUCAAUUCUCUGUGGCACUUUCCAGUUUCAGACUCUGAUCCGGGAGCUCCUACGGGGUAACAAUUCUAAUCUGGUCUAUUCCUGCCUGUUCUUCAUCAACUAUGGAUUCCACAUCCUGACCCUGAUCCUUUCAGCCUUCUCAGAAACAAGUGACUCGUCACAUAGUCCUUCAUCCACAGCAUCAUUUCUGAGUAGCAUUACCUUUAGUUGGUAUGACAGCAUGGUUCUGAAAGGUUACAAGAAACCUUUGGCACUUGAUGAUAUCUGGGAUGUUGAUGAAGAGCUUAAAACAAAGUCAGUCAUGAGCAGGUUUGGAGUAUACAUGGCAAGAGACCUACAGAAGGCCAAGCAGGCCUUCCAAAGACGGCAGCGGAAGAACUCCCAGUGGAACCCUGGAGCCACGCUACAUGGCUUAAACAAGAACCAGAGUCAAAGCCAAGAUGUCCUUGUCCUGGAAGAAGCUAAAAAGAAAAAGGAGAAGUCUGACACCACAAAAGACUAUCCCAAAUCCUGGCUGUUGAAGACCCUCUUCAAAACUUUCCAUAUCUGGAUCCUGAAAUCAUUCAUCACAAAACUAGUGCAUGACAUCCUCAUGUUUGUGGGUCCUCAGCUGCUGAAAACCCUCAUAGCCUUUGUAAGUGACCAGAACACAUAUGUAUGGGUUGGAUAUCUCUACGCCAUCCUGUUGUUUGCUGUGACUCUCAUCCAAUCUCUCUGCCUUCAGUAUUAUUUUCAAAAGUGUUUCAUACUGGGAAUGAGUGUACGUACAACCGUUAUGGCUUCUGUAUAUAAGAAGGCAUUGACCUUAUCCAAUGUGGCCAGAAAGCAGUACACCAUUGGAGAAACAGUGAACCUGAUGUCUGUGGAUGCUCAGAAACUCAUGGAUGUGUCCAACUACAUGCAUUUGGUGUGGUCAAGUGUUGUACAGAUUGUCUUAUCCCUCGUCUUCCUUUGGAGAGAGUUGGGACCCUCAGUCUUCGCAGGUUUUGGAGUGAUGGUUCUCCUAGUCCCAAUUAAUGGAGUACUGGUCACUAAGAACAGAAGUAUUCAGUUCAGAAACAUGAAGUGUAAAGACAAACGUUUAAAGCUCAUGAAUGAGGUCCUCAGUGGAAUCAAGAUCCUGAAAUAUUUUGCCUGGGAACCUUCAUUCAAAGACCAAAUUCUCAACAUUCGGAAGAAAGAGCUCAAUAACCUGAAAGUCUUUGGUCGGUUGCAGACUGUGAUAAUAUUCCUCUUGCAAUUAGCUCCAGUCUUGGUGUGUGUGGUCACAUUUUCCGUUUAUGUUUUGGUGGAUAGCAACAAUAUUUUGGAUGCAGAAAAGGCUUUCACUUCCAUUACCCUCUUCAAUAUCCUGCGUUUUCCACUAAGCAUGCUUCCCAUGGUGAUCUCAUCUAUGCUUCAGGCCAGCGUUUCUAUAGAACGGCUAGAGAAGUACUUGGGAGGGGAUGACUUGGACACAUCUGCCAUUCGACAUGUCUCCAAUUUUGACAAGGCAGUACAGUUUUCUGAGGCCUCCUUUACCUGGGACCGGGACUUGGAAGCCACAAUCCAAGAUGUGAACCUGGACAUUAUGCCAGGCCAGUUGGUGGCUGUGGUGGGCACUGUGGGCUCUGGGAAAUCCUCCUUGAUGUCAGCCAUGCUGGGAGAAAUGGAAAAUGUCCAUGGGCACAUCACCAUCAAGGGCACUACAGCCUAUGUCCCUCAGCAGUCCUGGAUUCAGAAUGGCACCAUCAAGGACAACAUCCUUUUUGGAGCAGAGUUCAAUGAAAAGAGGUAUCAUCAGAUUCUGGAAGCCUGUGCUCUCCUCCCCGACUUGGAAAUAUUGCCUGGAGGAGACCUGGCUGAGAUUGGAGAGAAGGGUAUAAAUCUCAGUGGUGGCCAGAAGCAGCGAAUCAGCCUGGCCAGAGCAACCUAUCAGAACUCAGACAUCUAUAUUCUGGAUGAUCCUCUAUCGGCUGUGGAUGCUCAUGUAGGGAAACAUAUUUUCAAUAAGGUCUUGGGUCCCAAUGGCCUGCUGAGUGGCAAGACUCGACUCUUGGUCACACAUAGCAUUCACUUUCUUCCCCAAGUGGAUGAAAUUGUGGUUGUGGGGAAUGGCACUAUUUUGGAAAAAGGAUCAUAUAGUGCUCUUCUGGCCAAGAAAGGAGUGUUUGCGAAGAAUCUGAAGACAUUCACGAAACAUUUGGGCCCUGAAGGGGAGGCCACAGUUAAUGAUGACAGUGGGGAAGAAGAUGAUGAUUGUGGGCUGAUACCCACUAUAGAGGAGCUCCCUGAGGAUGCAGCCUCCUUGACCAUGAAGAGAGAGAACAGCUUUCAUCAAAAACAGAGCUUCAGCUCUAGGUCCAAUAGCAGGCAUCGGAAGUUCCUGAAAAACUCCUUGAAAUCUCAAAAUGUGAAUGCCCUAAAGAAGGAAGAACUAGUGAAAGGACAAAAACUAAUUCAAAAGGAAUUCAUGGAAACUGGAAAGGUGAAGUUCUCUAUCUACCUGAAAUACCUACAAGCAGUAGGAUGGUGUUCAAUAUUCAUCACCAUCCUUCUGUUCAUGAUGAAUUCUGUGGCUUUUAUUGGAUCCAACCUGUGGCUCAGUGCUUGGACCAGUGACUCUCAAAACUUCAAUAGCACCAACUAUCCAACCUCUCAGAGAGACAUGAGAAUUUGGGUCUAUGCAGUUCUGGGAUUAGCACAAGGUGCAUUUGUGCUCAUGGCAACUUUCUUGAAUGUAUACAGUUGUGUUCAUGCAGCAAAAAUCUUGCACAGACAGCUGCUGAACAAUGUCCUCCGAGCACCCAUGAGUUUUUUUGACACAACACCCACAGGCCGGAUUGUGAACAGGUUUGCUGGUGAUAUUUCCACUGUGGAUGACACCCUUCCUCAGACCUUGCGCAGCUGGAUUGUUUGCUUCCUGGGAAUAAUCAGCACCCUUGUCAUGAUUUGCAUGGCCACCCCUGUCUUCACCAUUAUCGUCAUUCCUCUUGGCAUUAUUUAUGUGUCUGUUCAGGUGUUUUAUGUGUCUACUUCCCGCCAGCUGAGACGUUUGGACUCUGUCACCAGGUCCCCAAUCUACUCUCACUUCAGUGAGACUGUAACAGGUUUGCCUGUUAUCCGUGCCUUUGAGCACCAGCAGCGGUUUCUAACACACAGUGAGGUGGGGAUUGACACCAACCAGAAAUGUGUCUUUUCCUGGAUCACUUCCAACAGGUGGCUUGCAAUUCGCCUGGAGCUGGUUGGGAACCUGAUCAUCUUCUCUUCAUCCUUGCUGCUGGUUAUUUAUAAAGAUACCCUACAGGGGGACACGGUGGGCUUUGUUCUGUCCAAUGCCCUCAAUAUCACCCAGACCCUGAACUGGCUAGUGAGGAUGACAGCAGAUACAGAGACUAACAUCGUAUCUGUUGAGCGAAUAAAUGAGUACAUAAAUGUGGAAAAUGAGGCACCCUGGGUGACUGAUAAGAGGCCUCCAGCAGAUUGGCCCUCCAAAGGUGAGAUCCAGUUUCACAGCUACCAAGUACGGUACAGGCCUGAGCUGGAUCUAGUACUGAAAGGGAUCACCUGCCACAUCAAGAGCAUGGAGAAGGUUGGUGUGGUGGGCAGGACUGGAGCUGGGAAAUCUUCUCUCACAAACUGCCUCUUCAGGAUCUUAGAGGCUGCAGGUGGCCAGAUCACCAUUGAUGGAUUAGAUAUUGCUUCCAUUGGGCUCCAUGACCUUCGAGGGAAACUAACCAUCAUCCCCCAGGACCCCAUCCUGUUCUCCGGAAGCCUGAGGAUGAAUCUAGAUCCUUUCAACAGCUACUCAGAUGAAGAGAUUUGGAAGGCCCUGGAGUUGGCACACCUUAAAUCCUUUGUAGCUGGCUUGCAGUUUGGAUUGUCCCAUGAAGUGGCAGAAGCCGGUGACAAUCUGAGCAUAGGGCAGAGGCAGCUCCUGUGCCUGGGCAGGGCUCUGCUUCGGAAGUCCAAGAUUCUGGUCCUGGAUGAGGCCACUGCUGCUGUGGAUCUAGAGACAGAUCACCUCAUUCAGAUGACCAUCCGAAAUGAAUUCUCCAACUGCACCGUCAUCACCAUCGCCCACAGGCUGCAUACCAUCCUGGAUAGCGACAAGAUAAUGGUUCUGGACAAUGGGAAGAUUGUGGAGUAUGGCAGCCCUGAAGAGCUACUGGCGAACCCUGGCCCUUUUUAUUUUAUGGCCAAAGAAGCUGGCAUUGAGAAUGUGACUGACACAGCACUCUAG